GAUUCAAUUCAGCCAUUCUUUAAAUUCUCAAUUUUCUUUUGUUUUUCUCAUUAUCACCGCAUAUUUGUAAUUUUUUAAGGGCCUCGCAUAAUCACUAGUCUCUCGCUAUUCAUCAUUGCUUGCAAAUCUCACACUGCUUCAGAGACAGACACUGCCGGAAACAUGGCAAUUCAGAAUUUGGAAUUGAUUCCUCGAUUUCCCAAGAGGCGUGAAAUUCAAAAGCUUACUCUCAAUACCACCGUCACUCUCAAUGCCGUCCCAGCCCAAUCACCCAUUCCACUGCCUAAAUCGGCAUCAAAAGUCAUGACUCUCUCUGCCUACACCAGAGAUUUAUCAUUAUGGGGAGUCCCCCGCUGGCCAUUUGAGCCAAAAAUGGAGCGAAUACGUGCACUAGUACUAGAUCGUUUGGGCUUACGAGAUGAUAGUCUUUGCAUAGUAUCAUUUGAAAACAGAACGGCAUUCAAGAAAGUCUACAAGGUUAUCGUUUAUCAGAUGGUUAAGUGGAGAGACGGCUGGGAGGAGAAGAAAGAGAGGGUUUAUCAUUUAAGCGUUCGAUAUCCUUUACAAGAGAGUGAUGAAACUUUGAGUGAGGUAACGACCAUGAAGUUUGCCCGAAAACUGGGGGUUCCUGCCCCCAGAGUAAUUGCUUGGGAUGCGAAUAGAAGGAAUAAAUUGGGAUUCGAGUGGAUUCUGGUGAGAAAGCUACAUGGAAAAUUUCUCAAGGAUGAAUGGGAGAAUCUGUCAUUUGCUCACAAAGAGAAAGUGGUAAAGAACAUAGCGAAAUAUCAGACAAAACUAUAUGCGACAAGUUUUGACGACAUUGGAAAUCUUUUCGACGCGCAAGAUGCGGAUGAUUACAUUACAGACUAUAGAUACGGUGAUUUCAGAACGUCACAUCAAAUAUCGAGAGAAGUCCGUCCCUUUGUCGGUCGGUUAAUCUCUAUUGCUGCGAUUAGUGAUAGUAAUUCAUACUGUUCUUUCCCGGAUAGCAGCUCCUAUUUAGAAGCUCUGUUAGUACCCAUAUGGAAGGAGUUAUCGACUACAUUACGAACCUCGACUAAUGAAGAAGAAAUGAUCGAAGCACAAAGUCUUCAGAAGCUCGUUCAAAAAGUACAUGCUAAGGUUCUGCAGAGAUUUCCCGAAACAAGAGUAUCCACGGUCCUUGUCCAUGACGAUUUAUCGAUGAGAAAUAUUUUGAUUGACGACAUGGGAAAUAUAACAGGCAUUUUAGGAUGGGAAAGCGCGACUGCCAUGCCGACUUGGAAAGCAACUCAAUAUCCGCAAUUUUUAGGUGUUGAUCAUACACCACAACCGAGUACAGAAUGUCAAGAGAAUAUUCAUGAAAACGUGGAGGAAAGAGUUGAAGUGGUACGAUUAAGACGUCUCUACGAUGAGGAGAUGGCCAAGAGGGUGGUCGAUUGGAGAGAAGAGAUCAAUCGAGGAAAAAUUAGGAGAGAGCUUGAAUUUGCGUGCAAAUUUUGUGGUGUUGAAAGCUGCGUAAAGGAAAUUGAGGACUGGUUAAAUGCACUCGAAACAAAUAUACCCAUAGCACUGGUAAAACAAUAAGCUAAGGUACGCAAACCGACUUCUGACCAAUGAAUCCUUCAACCAAAAGACAUCAUUAUGAAGCUUCUACUUUCUUUCCCCUCGCCAUGCUAGUUACAAUCUUCAUUUCUUCAUCGGAAGGCAUAUUAACGAUCAUGAGAUACAUCACAUCCUAUUAAAACCUUUCUUUUCGCAGUCCUCAAAAUACUAGUUCUGUGAGGC